AUGACACGAACCCUUUCAGGUAUUUCAUAUGUAUAUGAUGAGCCCUACAAGCCAACAAAAGAUGAAUCGAAAUGGUGCGAAUCGCUUGAGAAUGUUCCCUCGUAAGUGGUGUAUUAUCUUCUACUCGUGCACUC